GCAUGUUUUACCACCAUGAUUCUGCCUCGUCGACGGGUGAAAAUGCCGCUGCAUUGUGCAUUAUCAACGAACAGACGGCGAAACCACGUUGCAAUGCGCGCGAUGAGAUGGAUAAAUAUAUUGCAAGAGCGGGCUUGGAAAGUACCUGACGAAGAACGUAUGGAAUAUCAACUCACAAUGGCUUAUACGAAUCGUGAAGGGCAAGGGUAAGGCAGGCCGUACGGUCUCGUCCGAGGUGGAACCAGUGAUGGAACCAGUGAUGGAACUCGAGGUGGAACCUGAGGUGGAAGCAGUGGUGGAACCAGAGGUAGAACUCGAGGUGGAACCUGUAGUGGAACCAGAGGUGGAACCAGUGGCAAAUCGCGAGGUGGAACUCGAGCUUCCGAUCGAGGUAUGGGAGAAUGUGAUCAACCAUCUAUGGGACGACCAGCGUGCUUUGCGGCGAUGCAUGCUCGUCUGCCGAGCGUGGUAUCCUCCAAGUCUCUUCCACUUGCGCAGGUUAAUUAGGAUCAAGACUGUCAAGACUGUCAUGGCCUAUGCGAAGAAGCUGAAGCGGAGGCCAGAGCUGUCGAAGCGGCCGUAUGAUAUGACUAUAGUGGGUAAAUAUCAGGAGACAGAUCUGUCAGCGCUGUCGACGGCAGCGAUUAUGCUCGCUCGCAAGCUGCCCCGGCUGGAGCGGCUCACAAUACAGAACUCAGAGUGGAAGCUGUCGACGAUGCACGGCGACAUCUUCCUGCACCUCUCCGCCUUCUCCGUCACUCGCCUCCAUCUCCAUAUUGUCAUGUUCCCGUCGAUCACUGUCCUCGCGCGACUCGACUCUAAAGCUGUGUCUGGGUCAUUACGAGGCCCUGGUGAAGAACAGCUCGACAAGCUCGCGAGUAGAUUUCAACAUCGAAUGCAAAGGUUCUCGUUGGCAGAAUAUACAUCCAUCUACACCAUAUCUCCAGGACCGGUAGAGUGGGAUCAAGUCUAUGAGCAUAUCAGCGUCAUAUUCCGGGCAGACUUCAUAUACCAGCCCCACGUCGCCCAAGCUCGUUUCAUUCUAUACCGCUACCAGGUCAUCAUCGACUACUAUGAAAGGCUCGAAUACCAGCCACACCGCAUAGUCCGGGAAUUCCCCAGACCACGACAACCGGUAGAAGACGAUCAGGAGUUAUACCACCUCCUGUUUGACGAAGAAUACGGUAUCUCUUCCGACGAAGAAGAACCUUUCUGA